GAUUCAACGACGCCGGUCCCACAGCACUACUCCUAGAGAGACAUGGCAUCGACGGAAACGUUGACCCAGGUCAGCUCUGCUGGUGCGGAUGGUCAAUUUAAAAAAGCAUCAGAAGAGGAAUAUGACCCAUACCAGCAUCGUAGUGUCGACAAACCGAUCUCCACAGUUGGAACGUUCAUACAUGUGAUGAAAGGAGCCAUGGGAAUCGGGAUCUUAUCGAUGCCGUACGCCAUACGGAAUGGAGGACUCGUUUUUGGAGUUAUCGGAACGUUCCUUCUAGGAUUACUCUAUUCAUAUUGUGUGCAUCUACUAGUCGGUACCGCAUAUAAAAUCUGCAAAAGAGAUCGUGUCCCUAUGCUGACAUAUGCUCAAACAGUUGAUCGUGCGUUUGCCCUAGGUCCAGUCAGGACGAGGCCGUUGGGCAAAAUAUUGAAAACUUUUAUCGAUUACUACUUCAUGAUUACGUUUGCGCCCAUGGUUUAUAUGGUCUUCGUCGGUACCACUCUACACGACGUUAUCAACAGUAGAACUGAUCUUGACUGGGACGUUCGCAUCUAUAUUUUAAUGGCCGCGAUACCAGCGAUUGUGAUAACCCAAGUGAGGGAGAUCAAAUAUCUGGUCCCCUUCUCGGCCAUCGCGACGACGUUGAUCAUUGCCAAUGUCGUGAUUUCCUUAUAUUACAUCUUUAGAGAACCUCUUUCUACUGACGAUCGGGACCUAUUUCCAACAUUUAGUUCGUUGACGAAAUUCCUCGGAUCAGCAUUUUUUGCGUUCGAUGCAACUGUACUUAUUUUUCCCGUUUCAAAUCAGAUGAAAAAUCCUCAGCAUUACCUCGGCUGCCCGGGAAUUGUGAAUGUCAACAAUAUUUGCUUGGGAUUCUUGUAUAGCUUUCUUGGGCUGAUGGGAUACCUCCGUUACGGCGAUGCAAUUCAGGGCGCUAUCACGCUAAACUUCCCAACCGAAGAAAACUUGGCGUUAAUCGUCCAAGUCCUGUCGGCCGUUGCACUUCUCUUCUCGAUUGGCAUAUUUUUUUAUGUCCCACAAGAAAUCAUAUGGCGUAAGCUGCAUCGCCGAGUUAAACCACAGUGGCACAUGAUCGUGCAGUCGUUCAUUAGGUUGUUAUAUUUAGCAGCGAUCGUUGGCAUUGCGUGUGGAAUUCCAGAUAUCGGAACUUUCGUUGGAAUGAUCGGAUCCAUGUUCAACCCUAUCUUAGACCUCUGGUUUCCUGUACUGGUCGACACCGUUUUCCGAUGGCCUUCAGACUUUGGUUGGAUGAAGUGGCGGUUGGUAAAGAACAUUUUGAUGGCUGCAUUUGGAUCAUUUGUUAUGAUAACCGGGACUAUAUUCAGCGUAAAAGACAUCAUUGAGCUAUAUGAUUAGUGUGUCGCGGGAUGACUAUUGCGUACAACAAAAAAGCCCUUAUGCUUCAUAAACCAAAUA